AUGUUAGCAAGAGCUUUCACGAAACCGAGGAGGAGCCUUCGGGAUGGCGAAACCAGUCUCCGAUCUGCAUCCAUAUUACAUGAAUACGAAGAUUUCAUUUUCGGAUUCAUGGACGAUAUUCCAGUAAUUUCGUUCCACGAAUCUGAGAAUAAUCACAAUAAAAUGAACAAAAGUUGUGAUUGUACAUCGGAGUCUCAAAUGACGCUCCGGCUAGUUUUGAGGGCAUCUGUGGGGGUCAUGGGGGAGAGCCGGUUGGGGAUAACUGAAAAAGUGGUGCUUUUGGGGGGAAAUAUUUGUGCACUGAAAAGGUUUAGGAAAGUUAGUGUUAGGAGAAGUGAGUUUGGGAGAAGGAUUCAGAAACUGGCUCAAGUGGGGAAUCAGUGUGAAUUUCUUGUGCCUAUCAAUGCUUAUUUGUUUGCAAAGAGGAUCAAGUUUGUGCUUUAUGAUUAUUAUCCCAUGGGAAGCCUGGCUGAUUUGCUUUAUGGUGCAAGAGAAGAAGGCCAAACUGCUUUAGAUUGGAAGCAACGCCUCAGGAUUAUCCAAAGCAUUGCUAACGCAAUUCAAUUCAUCCAUUCACUGCAACCUCCGAAAGACAAGCACUUGCAAAUGAGUGUCCAUGGGAACAUCAAAGUCUCCAAUAUCAUGAUCAACAUCGACUUCACCGCCCAUCUGUCUGAUUACGGCUUUGCACAACUGGCUGAGCUGAUGGAAUUUAACGACACUGGCCAGGUUUCACCAUGUACGCCACCUGAAUGCCACCAAUACGAUGAAACAUUAUCUCAGAAGAGUGAUAUAUAUAAUUUUGGAGUUGUAUUGAUGGAUAUAUUAGGAUGGCCUAAGGAGAAAAAUGAUUUAUUUGAAUUUUCUCUUGAUAUAAAAGAGCAAAAGCAUGCCAUGAAGAUUUUGGAAAUUGCAUUGGAUUGUACAAAUAUUGUGCCAGAUGAAAGGCCUCCCAUAGAAGAGAUUAUGAAUCGUCUAGGGACAAUUUAA